GAACUUCAACUAUUUCUGCUGCUGGGCAUUAAAACAGUGUUAACCACACCAAGUCCAUCAGACUAAAAAUAUACUUGCAUGUGAACAGUCAAACAGUCAGUCAUUUGUCUGCUGCUGAUCUGAUGAGCUUCAACACGAUAUAUUUGACGCUGAUGUCGGUCAGAAUGGCUCCUCGUCUUCCUCUGAUCUUUCUGCUCAUGAUUCACGGGGUUUCUAGUGCUGAUUGGGGUGUGAGUUACAGUCCUUCACACAUCUGUGCACUAAAGACCUCAUCAGUGAUAAUGAGCUGCACUUAUACAUACCCUACUGGACAUCAGAUCAUGAAAAUGUUCUGGACCAAUACAAAAGAGAUAAAAGAUAAACAUGAAGAGUCUCCAGAUCUGUCUGAGGAUCCUGAAUACAGUCAGAGGCUUCAGUAUCUGGGAGACACACAGCAGAACUGCACCAUCAGACUGAGUCAUGUGACACAGAAGGAUGAACAUAAGUACUAUUUCAGAUUCAGAACCGAUAUAGAUCAAUGGAUUGGUAAACAAGGAGUGACUCUUACUGUCACAGAUCUUCAGGUGGAGGCUCCUGAGAGAGUGACAGAGGGUCAUAAUGUCCAUCUGACAUGUAAAAGCAGCUGCACUCUGACUGACAGAGCAACAUUCAUCUGGUACAGAAACUCACAGCCAUUAACUGAGAGAAGAGACAGAAACAAUCAACUCCUGCUGCAGUCAGUCAGAAGAGAGGAUGCAGGCAGAUACAGCUGUGCUCUACAUGGACACAGUUACAUCUCUCCUGCUGCUCAUCUCAGUGUCACGUAUCCUCCAGAGAAUCCUGUAAUCUUCAUCAGUCCAUCUGUAAUAGUGGAGGGAGAUUCAGUGACUCUGAGCUGCAGCAGUGAUUCAAACCCUCCUGCUCUGAACUUCAGCUGGUUUAAAGGAGGAACGUUUGUAGGAUCUGGAAGAAACUACAACAUCUCAAACAUCAGCUCUGAUCACAGUGGAGUAUACAAGUGCAAGUCCAGAAAUGAACAUGGAGAGAAAUACUCUGAUGCUGUGACUUUAAACAUCAUGUUUCAUCCUGGAGCUGAUAGAAAUGUGACUGUGAUCACAACAACAUCUGGAGGAUUAUUCAUCAUCAUCAUCAUCAUCAUCAUCAUUUUCAUCAACAUCAUCAACAUCAUCAUCAUCAUAUGGUUUAUAAUGAAACAAAGGUGUGUUAAAACUGAAGAUAACAGAGUGAAACAGAUCUGUGAUCCCAGUGAAGACACAUACACAGCUCUUGAGCUCAAGUCCACGACCUCUGACCUCUACGACACACUCACAACCGUUCGUCCCAGACCUCCUGAAGACUCUUGAUCCUAAACAUGAGAAUCCAUCAAUCAACAGGAAGAUGCUGCAGUGAGAGGCGGAGCACAAAGGAGCCAAUCCUGAGCUCUGUGGGCAGAGCCACAUAUGAUUGACAGGCGUCAUUAGUGAAGAGCUUAAAUACAUGACGUAACAGUGGAAUAAAAUGAAAGUUAAAAACUGG